GAUUUUGUUGAGUAAUUUCCUUUUUUCUUUUCUUUCCUUGUUUCCCUGUUUCUCUCUGUUUUUAUUUCCUAUAUUUCAACUGUUCAUUAACUUUCUUGUUAAGGGAAUCUUCGUCGUGGAAUCUGAGGAAACGUUUGUGUAUGAAAAUCAAGGAUUUUUUUCUCCAUAAUAAACGAGAAUCACUAGAGCAGCAGUUGGUGGAAGAUUUUCUCGAGCAUUGAUUUGAUUGAUUGUUCACUGUUCAUGCUAAACAACCAAACAAACGGCUACUCUGACUUUUUGAUCCUGUUUCUAAUCUCGUUUCUGGGAUCCUGUCCGUUUCUUUGCUUAUUACACUGUCUUUAAGCCUUCGUUUCAGGGUUUAGUGAAUUCAACUCGGAUGUCACAGCCAAGGCAAAACAAGAUGAUGAGUCCAAACCUUGGAAAACAAGUUGGCGACACAACAUAUACUAAGAUCUUUGUCGGAGGAUUGGCCUGGGAGACCAAAAGAGACUCUCUCAAACGCUAUUUUGAUCAGUUUGGGGAGAUCUUAGAGGCGGUUGUCAUCACCGAUAGAGUCACCGGAAGAUCAAAAGGAUACGGCUUUGUCACCUUCAGGGACCCGAAUUCUGCAGCAAGGGCUUGUCUCAAUCCCUAUCCUGUGAUUGAUGGAAGGAGAGCUAAUUGUAACCUUGCAGCCCUUGGUGCCCAGAAAUUUGAUCCAUCCACAACAGGAAGACAAAAAUUCAGUAGCCCUUCAUGGAAUAUGGCACCAGUCCCAUUGCAAGGCACCUCCACUUAUUACAAUCAACACAUACCUCACUACCCGUUUCCCUAUCCAACCUACAGGUAUCCUGGUUUUACUCACCCACAAGAUUUGUAUGAAAUGAACUACAAUCAAGCAUAUGGUGGACAGCAGUUUCCCCUCCGCUGGUAUCCAGCGUAUUGCCAACCCUUUUAUGGCCUUGGCAGACAGAUUAUUCCAACAACCUAUGUGAAAAAGGUCAUACCAGACACGUCUCCUCAGGAUGUCACAGUUGUUGGUUUUUCAGAACCUGUUGCAGCUUCUCCCUCAAUUCCCACCACUGGAUUAGUCACUGGAACAGUACCUGCCACAGGAGUGGUAGAAUCCCCUCAAGAACAGACAUCUUCAACUACUUAAAGCUAUGAUGAGGAGAUUCCCUCAAUAGACUAGAAUAGAGAAAGUAAAAAAGAAAAAAUGACACUGCUCAACAAACCAGGAUGCUCUAAGUACAUGCCCGAUGAUCUUAGAGACCAGACAGUAAUGAAAUAGUCCUGGUUUUGUUCAUUGUCUUCAGAAAUUUUUACUUUUCAGCAUUCUGGUGUGUACAUGAUUCUUUAGUUUUCCUUUAUUUGUUUUUUUUUUCCCUUACUUUUCCUUUUUAACAUGGGAUUCCUACUACUUUAUAGUUAGAAAAAAAAAAAAGGUUUUUUGUUAUUUCAUUAUUCUUACACUUACACAUAUACUUUGCAUUCCUAUGUGGUGUUAGCCUAUCCAAAUUUGCAAGAGUAAGAUGAGUCAUUGUUUCCGUUCUUAAAGAUUGAGAAUGUAUCCUGAAAGUUCAACAAA